UAAUAACAAUAAAAUAAAAUAUCAACACAAUAUCGAUACAUAAUAUCGAUAGUAAAGCCCAAACAUAUCGAUAUUUGAAAUAUCGAUACAUCCCUAUUUGAAGUAUCGAUCAUCCCUAGUGUGAUGUUAAAUUUGCAUGUGUGUAACUGUAACAUCGCAGUUUGUAACGUCGACAAGCAAUACAGUCUUGAAUUUUCAUUUUAUUCUAAAUGGCUACUAGCACUCAAAAGAAACCUUGUCGACGUUCAUCUCGUCUAAUGGCUAAGGAUGAAGCUAAGAAGCAAAUUUGUGUGAAACCGCAGGAAAUCCACCUAACCUACGACGUUCUGAGAAUUAUCUUUCAGCAUUUAAGCUAUAGAGAUUUAAUAAAUGUCUCACAGGUUUCCAGGUUUUGGUCAGAGGCAGCUUAUUUAGAAAUGCAAAAAAGAAACGAACCUAUUGGCUUUAUGGAACAUUGUAAAACAUUAAGAGAAAGUCUGGAACCUUUUUUAGAAAAAGUCUUGGACAUAAGGAUCCAACCAUAUAUUUCAUUCUUUUUUGUAUGUAGUGAUACAAUCUAUCAGCAUAUGAAGCAGCCAUUAGUAGCAAAUACCUUUCGAGAAACUCAAAAGAAUUCAAUCAUAAUGUUACAUAGUGAAGGCGUUAUUGCAGAAAAUUUAGAAAUAGAAGGUAAAUCCAAACAUGUAGUAUGUGCAUUUUUACCGAAGAUCUCAAAUGUAAGCAUCAUGACAUUUCAUGUAACAAAGUUAAACAGUGCGUUUAAAGAAGGGGAGGCAGAAUUUAUUAGGGCACUACAACAAUUGCCGCCGCCAGAUGAAAAGAUAUCUACAUGUCUUAUACUAUUUUGCAACAGUAUUGACAAUUAUCAUUUAGUAUCUUUGCUGAACAGCAUAAACAGUUGUUCAGGUAAAAUAUCUUCACUGUGGGGUGGUUUAGUAAGAAAUUGUUACAUAUAUGAGAAAACUAGACCUGCUCUUAAAUCCUUGGAUUGUCUCGCUAUUCUGAUCACCGGCCACAUGAAGACAUGGUCCACAAUCCUGGACAGGAAAUGCAAUACAAAGCAGAAAGUCGAAGAACACUUAAAAUUGUGGAAGCAACAUUUGCAAUUAAGAAAAUAUAGCAUUGGAUAUAUGUUUGCGUGUCACGCGCGCGGCACAUGUUGGUAUCGCAAACAAAACGUGGAAUCGUCGAUAUUUAAAAGUUUAUUUCCCGAUUUACAUUUGGUGGGUUGCUUUGGCUACGGCGAGUUUGGCAAGUAUACGGGGAUGACUAAAGUUCAUCAAACAAAAGACAUUAACAAACUCUGUUAUACCCAAUAUUCUACUAUAUUUAUGAUACUUACAUACGAUUGAUGAUUUAAGAGAUGUCAUAUAUGUAACUGGCAAUACUUUAUCAUCGGGAUUUUGCUAAAUUUACCUGGAUUUUAUAUCUGAUAUGGUGUUCGUUAUCAGAUUUCCCAAUCUCUUCUUUGUGACGUACGCCAAUAUGUGGCGUUAAUAUUCAAGAAAUAAUAACAACAAUAAGUACAACAAACAUAAACCUGAUUAUGAAGAUAACAUGUGAAAUUCUCAAGUACACUGUACAUUAUUUUUGUGUAUGUACAUGGACUCGACAUGAAUAUUGCGGCAAUGCUACUGAAAGACUAAGAAGACAAACAAGAUAAUGUUAUAAGAUAAUAUGCGAUAAUAUAUUAUAUGUUCAUAUUG